AUGGAUCUGGAUAUUGAGAUGGGCGAUGCCGUCGAAGGUAGCCACGACGCUUUAGUCGCGCAUGAUCCCGUGGCAGAUGAUAUUCUGCAACCCGACGAGGUGGACGAGCCCGGCGAAAUCGCGGACGACGAGCCAAAGCCCGACGAAGACGCUACUAUUGUACCGAACAAGAUCAACAUAAGUGGUGUUGAUUCGCUACACACAGACGACAUCAAGGCGUAUGUCAAAUCCCACUUCGCUCCUGUUGACAGAGUCGAAUGGGUUGAUGACACGUCCGCAAACUUGGUGUUCGGGUCCGAUUCGACCGCUCGCGACGCCUUGGUCGCGCUCAGCUCUAUUGAAAUUGCCGACGCCACAGCUCUUCCUAUAGGCGAAGCGCUGCCUGCAAAACCGGUCGAAGGAAGGUCAGAGAUCACCAUUCACGUCAGGUUUGCGGUAGCCCGCGACAGGAAGCAGGCUGGUGCAGCGCUCCGUAGCCGUUACUAUCUUCUUCACCCAGAGCACGAUCCUGAAGAGCGCCGUCGGCGCCAGCGUGACUCUCGCUCCCGCUAUCGAGACCGGGAUAGUGGAUACCGAAGAGGCAGUGGCCAUCGCCGUCGCGACUCGGAUGAAGAGGUGGAAACAUUCGAGGCGAGCAUGUACGAUGAUGCGCCACGCCAAGCAACAAGGAGACGUUCUCAAUCGCGAGACAGACAAGAUUCAUACGCGAGAGAAAAUCGUGGCAAGGAGCUAUUCGCUGAUAGAGCCUCGCGCCGUGAUCGCUCUGCCUCUCCUCUGCGUGAUGACGACGGUGAUGCCGCCAUGGAUAGUAUACAAGGCUCGUCUCGCAACAAGGAGUCCGCGCGGGCCGUCAAGGAGCGACUUCGCACAGGAAACAGAUCCAAAGAACUAUUCCCUUCCAAAGCCGGUUCCGGAAGUGGCCAACUCGAUAGAUUGGAGGAUGCCAUUGGUUCCGCUCAUCUUCGGGAGGAAGACAUGCCCAAGGUUGUUUCUGUGCCCGUGGGUUCCACGGGCGGGGGUUUCAACAUAAGAGGUGCGGCAAAUCAGACUAGCCAACCAAGCAGAGGAUUUAAUAUCAAAGGCUCUGCAAAUGCCCGCGAGCUGUUCCCUGGCAAGCUGGGCAAUGACAAUGCGGGCAAGGAGUUGUUUGAUGGGAGCAGGACGAAACAGAGACAGAAGGCUCAAGACCUUUUUGGCUAA